AUGGACGCCAACCAUCAAGCCGCGGAGGCCCACGAGUCCCGCACCCAAACUGCCACGGAGUAUACGACAUACAACUCAUACACUACCGAAGAAACCACCAACUACACUUCCGAAUCGUCCAGCCAUGCGCACAAUGCAAUUGCCGAGGAAUCCCACGAGCCCGCUUUCGAAGAGAUCAACAACCCGACCGCGGCUCCCAUCGACCCAGUCUCCACGACCUCCUCGACCGCAUCUCAUGAAAGUGCCGAGGGCCGUUGGGGUGAAAAGGAUGCGGGCGAGCCCGUCUCUCGCCGCGGUGCGAUGGAAGAUUUGGAGGAGAUGCGCCGUGAAUUGACUCGCCUGAGCUUACAUCGCACUCGUUCAACUACCGCCAAGAGUGUGCGCCGUCUCAAAUCCCGCGCCAGUCGCAAGGAUGAGGAGAAAGCCGAGUCUGAUCUGGAGGCUGAUGGCGCCUUUGAUCUGGGUGAGUUCUUGAUGGGUGGCCACCUCGAGCGACGUACCACUGCCGGCGAGCCUGCCAAGAAGGUCGGUGUCGUGUUCAAGAACCUCACUGUCAAGGGUGUGGAGACCGGCGCCUCGUUCGUGCGGACUCUGCCUCACGCUGUGGUGGGAACUUUCGGCCCGGAUUUGUAUAACGUCAUUUGUCGGUUCGUGCCGCAGCUGCGGUUCGGGAAGAAGCCCCCGAUUCGCGAUUUGAUUCAUGACUUCAGUGGUGCGGUGCGAGAGGGCGAGAUGAUGCUCGUCCUGGGCCGUCCCGGCGCCGGCUGUACCACCUUCCUCAAGGCCAUUGCGAACGACCGUGGUGCCUUUGCCGCAGUGGAGGGCGAGGUUAGCUAUGGUGGUCUCUCGGCGGAGGAUCAGAACAAGUACUUCCGUGGCGAAGUCAACUAUAACCCCGAGGAUGAUCAGCAUUUCCCUUCGCUCACGGUCUGGCAGACGCUCAAGUUUUCCCUCGCUAACAAGACUCGCAAGCAUGACCGUGAUAGCAUUCCCAUUAUCAUUGAUGCUCUGCUCAAGAUGUUCGGUAUUAGCCAUACCAAGAACACGCUGGUCGGUAACGAGUACGUUCGUGGUGUGUCUGGUGGUGAGCGGAAGCGUGUCAGUAUUGCCGAGACCUUGGCUACCAAGUCAACGGUUGUCUGCUGGGAUAACUCGACUCGUGGUCUGGAUGCUAGCACUGCCUUGGACUAUGCCAAGUCGUUGCGUAUCAUGACCGAUGUCAGCAAGCGGACCACCCUGGUGACUCUGUACCAGGCCGGAGAGAGCAUCUACGAGCUCAUGGACAAGGUCAUGGUCAUUGACCAGGGUCGCAUGCUCUACCAGGGUCCUGCCAUCGAGGCCCGUCAGUACUUCAUCGACCUCGGAUUCCACUGCCCAGAGCAGUCCACCACGGCUGAUUUCCUGACUUCUCUGUGCGAUCCGAAUGCCCGUCAAUUCCAGCCCGGCUGUGAAGCUUCGACCCCCAAGACCGCCGAGGAACUGGAGCAGGUCUUCAAGAAUAGCAAGGCUUACCAGUACAUCGCGAACGACGUCUCCAGCUAUGAGAAGCGCCUCCAGGAGACCGAGCAGGAGGACACCCGUACCUUCCAGAAGACGGUCGCCCAGUCCAAGUCCAAGACUGUCUCCAAGAAAUCGCCCUAUACUGUCUCUCUGGUGCGCCAGGUCGCGGCUUGCGUUAAGCGUGAGUUCUGGCUGCUCUGGGGUGACAAGACCUCGCUCUACACCAAGUACUUCAUUAUCAUUUCCAACGGUCUUAUUGUCUCGUCUCUCUUCUACGGUGAAUCCCUGGAUACCAGCGGUGCCUUCUCCCGUGGUGGUGCCCUGUUCUUCUCGAUUUUGUUCCUUGGCUGGCUUCAAUUGACUGAGCUCAUGCCUGCUGUCUCCGGACGAGGAAUUGUCGCCCGUCACAAGGACUACGCUUUCUACCGCCCGUCUGCUGUCUCGAUUGCCCGUGUGGUCGUUGAUUUCCCCGCUAUCUUCGCCAUGGUUGUUCCGUUUACGAUUAUUGUCUACUUCAUGGCUGGUCUUGAUGUCACAGCUUCGAAGUUCUUCAUCUACUUCCUGUUCGUGUAUACCACUACCUUCUGUAUCACUUCGCUGUAUCGGAUGUUUGCCGCCCUGUCGCCAACUAUCGACGACGCUGUGCGCUUUGCGGGUAUUGCACUGAAUCUGCUCAUUCUCUAUGUCGGCUAUGUCAUUCCCAAGCAGACUCUCGUUGACGACUCGAUCUGGUUUGGAUGGCUUUUCUAUGUCAACCCUAUCUCGUACAGUUACGAGGCCGUUUUGUCAAAUGAGUUCUCUGACCGCACAAUGGAGUGCGCGCCUUCUCAGCUGGUUCCCCGGGGCGCUGAUGCUGUGACUGGAUACCAAGGAUGUGCUUUGACUGGCUCUCCUCUUGGUCAGACCACCGUCCCUGGUGCCCAGUACUUGCAGGCCAACUUCCAGUUCACCCGUCAUCAUCUGUGGCGCAACUUUGGUGUCGUCAUCGCUUUCACUGUGCUCUAUAUUUUGGUCACCAUCUGGGCCGCCGAGUUCCUCUCCUUCGUUGGUGGUGGUGGUGGUGCCUUGGUCUUCAAGAAGUCUAAGCGCGCGAAGCAGGUCACCCAGCAGACUGCGAAGAACAAUGAUGAGGAGAAGGUCUCGGAUUCUAAUGGUAAUGCUGCUCUCGCCCGUGGUGAAGCCUCCUCGUCCUCCGACAAUGCCUCUUUCAACCGUCUCUCUUCGAGCGAGCGCUGCUUCACCUGGUCCAAUGUCGAGUAUACCGUCCCCUACGGCAAUGGCACUCGCAAGCUUCUGAACAAUGUCAACGGAUUCGCCAAGCCUGGUGUCAUGAUCGCCCUCAUGGGUGCCUCUGGAGCCGGUAAAACUACCCUGCUCAACACUCUCGCUCAGCGCCAGAAAAUGGGUGUCGUCAAGGGCGAUAUGCUCGUUGACGGCCACCCUCUUGGUGCUGACUUCCAGCGUGGUACCGGUUUCUGCGAACAGAUGGACUUGCACGACAACACUUCGACCAUUCGUGAGGCAUUUGAGUUCUCUGCCAUUCUUCGACAGGACCGUGACACUCCUCGUCAGGAGAAGAUUGACUACGUCAACCGCAUCAUUGACCUGUUGGAGCUCGAGGAUAUCCAGGAUGCCAUCAUCGGAUCUCUCAACGUCGAGCAGAAGAAGCGUGUCACUAUCGGUGUCGAACUGGCUGCCAAACCCAGUCUCCUUCUCUUCCUUGACGAGCCCACUUCCGGUCUCGACAGUCAAGCCGCGUUCUCCAUUGUCCGUUUCCUCAAGAAGCUCUCCCAGGCCGGUCAAGCCAUCGUCUGCACCAUUCACCAGCCCUCCUCCAUGCUCAUCCAGCAAUUCGAUAUGAUCCUCGCCCUCAACCCCGGUGGCAACACUUUCUACUUCGGCCCCGUCGGCCAUGAUGGCGCCGCCGUCAUCAAGUACUUCGCCGACCGAGGCUUCGUCUGCCCGCCCUCCAAGAACGUUGCCGAGUUUAUCCUCGAAACCGCCGCCAAAGCCACCCAACGCAAUGGCAAGCAAAUUGACUGGAACGAAGAAUGGCGCAACUCCGACGAGAAUAAAUCAAUGCUCGAGGAAAUCCAACGCAUCAGGACCGAACGCAGUAAAGUUCCCGUCGAAGAGUCCGGUGGCUCGCAAUACGAAUUCGCCGCUCCAACCCCAGUCCAGAUCCAGCUCCUCACCAAGCGCCUCUUCCUCCAGUACUGGCGUGACCCCAGUUACUACUACGGCAAGCUGUUUGUCAGUGUCAUCAUCGGCAUCUUCAACGGUUUCACUUUCUGGAUGCUGCCCACCACCGUGGCUUCCAUGCAAGACCGUAUGUUCUCCGUCUUCCUGAUCAUCCUGAUCCCGCCCAUCAUCAUGAACUCCGUCGUGCCCAAAUUCUACAUCAACCGCGCCCUCUGGGAAGCCCGCGAGUACCCCUCCCGUAUCUACGGCUGGGUCGCCUUCGCCACUGCUAACGUCGUCUGCGAAAUCCCCGCCGCCAUCGUCACCGGUCUCGUCUACUGGCUGUUCUGGUACUACCCUGUCGGCCUACCGACAGACUCUUCCACUGCAGGCUACGUCUUCCUCAUGUCAAUGCUGUUCUUCCUCUUCCAGGCCUCCUGGGGCCAGUGGAUCUGCGCAUUCGCGCCCUCGUUCACAGUUAUCUCCAACGUGCUGCCAUUCUUCUUCGUCAUGGUCAAUCUAUUCAACGGUAUCGUGCGCCCUUACGCUGCUUACCCAGUCUUCUGGAAAUACUGGAUGUACUACGUCAACCCGGUGACCUGGUGGCUGCGCGGCGUGCUCUCUGCCGUCCUGCCAGAUGUCCAGAUUGAAUGUGCCACCCUGGAAACCACCCGCUUCAACCCCCCUCCCGGAAAGACCUGUGCGCAGUACGCGGGCCACUUCGUCGACCAGGUUGCCAAGGCCGGAUACCUGGUCAACGGGUCUGCGACCCAGGACUGCCAGUACUGCCCCUACACGACUGGUGAGGAGUACAUGGCUAAUUUGAAUGUGCACCGUGACGACAAGUGGCGCUGCUUCGGUAUCUUCUUGGCCUUUGUCAUUAUCAACUGGAUGCUGGUGUACUUCUUUGUGUAUACUGUUCGUGUUCGGGGCUGGAGCUUCGGUUUCGGAUAUGUGUUUGGUCUGGCUGGUGCCUUGAUUCAGGGUGUCAAGGGUUUGUUCAAGAGGAAGGAGAAGAAUGAUGCUCAGGAGUGA